UGACCUCACCGGCCGUUUCUCACGCCCGCCCGCCGGCCCACACACAGCCUCGAUCGCUUGCGUGCUCCAGAAAUGACAUUGACACUGGCUAGACUGUAGCGCUAGCGUGGCGAAUGGCGAUCGAGCUAUAUGUAUCAUCUUUCGCGCGCCAUGAAUGAAAAUAAUUAGCCAAGAGAGCUCUCAGCUCGCAGCACGCGGCCAGGCUCAAUGAAGUCAUCUUCUCGGAGCCAGAGCCCAAAGAGGGCCCCUUUGCCUUGGCCUCGCGCUAUUCUGUCAGACGCCAAUGUCGUCGCCGCCGAACACGCGCCGCCCUCCUCCUUCUCGGAGCCGCCACCGCCGCCGUGGCUUCCGGCCAUUGCCGGCCGCGACGGCGACACGUGCGCCAGCGAACUCGACGCCUUCGCGCUCGCCGUCGCCUCCGCCAAGUCAUCCUCCACGUCCCGCCCAUACCUGCAGCUCGCCGCCGUGCUCUCCCAGUACGCCGCCACGUGGCAUCUCACCGACGUCGCCUCCUCCGCCCGCCACGUGGCUCCAGAUCAUCGGAGCCCCACGGCAGCGUGGCUCCAGAAGCGCCUCCGCCUGGAGACCCUCGUCGCCGCGCUCCCACCGGACCCGGACCCGAACCCGAGCGGCAACCCCGAGCCCGACGACGGCAUCACGUGCGACUUCCUCCUGAGGCUCCUCCGAGCGGGCCGCGCAUCGGGGGCCGACGCGGCCCUUAUCGCGGCCCUCGAGGCCCGCGCGGCCCGGAGGCUGGGCCAGGCCGCGCUGCCGGCCCUGAUGAUGCCGGUCACGGCGAGCGGGCACUCCGCGACGCUGCUGGACGUGCCGCUGGUGCUGCGGCUGGCGCGCGGGUUCUACAACUCCGGAGGCGGCGGCGCCGCCAAGGCUGCGGCGAGGGUGGCCAGGCUGGUGGACGCCUACCUGGCCGAGGCGGCGCUGGAGGCAGGGCUCACGCACGGGGACCUCGAGGAGCUCGCUCGCGCCGUGCCGGCGCACGCGCGCGCCGCCGAUGACGCGCUCUACCGCGCCGUUAACACCUACCUCAAGGCACACCCGAGCACGGGGAAAGAGGCGCGGAAGUCGCUGUGGGGGCUAAUCGACGCGCGCAAGCUGUCGGCGGAGGCGGCGGCGCACGCCGUGCGGAACGACCGGCUCCCGGUGCGCUCCGCGCUGCAGGUGCUCUUCUCCGACCACGGCAAGCUCAACCGCCUCGCCGACCUGGGCAGCGCCGCCGCCAUGCUCGACCUCCCCGGCGGCGGCCGGCGACCCUCGAAGCCCGAUCGCCUCCCGCCGCACCAGGAGGCGCGCCGCCUCCGGGAGGACGUCGCCAGCCUAAAGUUACAGUGCAGCGCGCUGCAGGAUCAGGUGGAGAGGCUGAGCUCGGAGAGGCGGCGGUGCUGCGGUGGGUUCAGGUGGAGCACGUCCUGGUGUCGGCAACGCCGGUGAGCGGGAAGAAGGGCAGGCAGGGCCGGCGUGGUGUCGGCGGCGCCGACGUGGCAGGACCCUGAGGCGGCGCCGCAGUGAGGAGAAUCUGAUCCUGGCGACGAUGGUGUACAGAGUUCUCGAUUUGUUUCUGUCUCUCCUUUGGUUUUACAGGCUCGCAGUUUCUCUCUGAAUUCUUCCCUGAAGUUUGAUCUGGGUGGUGUUACUGAACGAGAUGAACUUUAAAAUUUAAAA